AUGACACAGCAUCCCGAAUUCCUAACCGGCUAUGGAUCCCAGCUCAAUCUCACGGUUACUGCGACCGACAAGAAAUCCACUGUGACGGCUCCAAUCAGCGUUUCACUGCUGCAGGCUGCGCAACGUUUGCAAAGCUUCAAGUUUGCCAAGGAUUCCUACUCAUUUGCCGUACCUCCUGGUGAAACGCUGAUCGGUAUGGUGGAAUUGGUCGGUGCGGAGAAUCACACAAUCCAGUACGGUAUCGCAGAAGGUGGUCAGGGAGCGGUCAGCAUUGACGAGCAUGGAGUAUUGUACUAUCAACGUGAACCUGAGAAGGAGUCGAGGAACUUCACUGUACUGGUGAUCGCUCGUUCGACUGAUGGACAGUAUUUCGUGGCGACGACGUGGGUUGACGUAGCCGUUGAAGGGUUGCAUUCUAAUCCAUUGAGAGUCAACGGACCCACAGAGCGAUUACUCGUGAUGAACGCAACAUCAAAGCAUGGGUCGAAGGUGGCCACAAUCGCGAUGAACGACGAAGACGAGGACGCUACCGUACAACUGUCAAUCACGUCGAUUUCUGGCAUUUACCUGAACGGUAGUGCAGCUGCAGGACUCAAAUCAGACAUGUUCCGCGUAAAAAUGACUGGUCAGCGAGCCGAAAUGAGUCUGAACGAGCCACUGAGCGACAUUGCCCUCGCAUCGCUAUACCGAAUAACUGCAGCGCUCAGGCAUCUGCGCUCAUAUGAACUGAGCCCGCGAGUCCAAAGUUGUCCAACAUGUGAUUAUUUCGCACAACCAUCGCCUAGUAAACGAAAAGCCUCUUCCGUUUGA